CCCUUCCUUUAAACCUUACCCUAUUUUCCUUUUCCUAUUUACCCCAUUUUUCCCCUACCCUUCUUCCUCCCUUGCCUACUCCUCCCCCAGCCUCCCUCCCCAUUCUCCAUACACCCCCUCUCUCCCCAACAGACUAAAAGACCGGUCGCUGCAACUGCACUCUAUUGAACGUGCAACAAUACGGGUUUAGUGUUCUGUUAAGUCUCUGACACGGUGGAGCAUACGCACUCAGCUGAGGGUUCCGCGACAAAACGCUCCAUUUGUCGAUAUUAUUAAAACGCUCAAGACAAAUUAAUUCAGAUGAUUAACCCCAGCUUCAGUCUAACUUUCUCCAGACCAGCUGUCGCCGUUGAUCCACUGAAUCGAUCACUUGCUGACGUCAGUGAUAUGAGACGCAGAGAGAAGGCGAUCAAGAGCAGCGAUCAGAGAAAAACAUAUUUGGAUUUUGAUACCUGAACACGAGCGGAGUUGAAAGUUGAAAGUUGCAACGAGUCAGGUGUUGUUGCUGUUGUUGUCUACUAGCAAGUGAAGAACUGCACGCUGUUGUGGAAAUACCAGUCUCGAAAUUCUUACGGCACGAGAGUGAAAUUCGCCAGCUGUUCGAGAUGGAGUACCAGACGGACCCCUUCGGCCCCUUCUUGCCUCCCGAGGAACUUGUCACCCCGAGCACCAGCCCGGAGAUGUCGCCGAGGUCAUCGGAUGCCUCGCGAAGUCCCCCAAAUGUGUGGCUUCCCUCCUACAUGAGUCCGGGAGAACAGUGCGCUGUGUGUGGGGACUCUGCGACAGGUUUCCACUACCGCGCCAUGACUUGUGAAGGCUGCAAGGGCUUCUUCAGGAGAACGAUCCAGCGACGCCUGACGUACAGCUGCCGACACGGGGGCACCUGCGUCAUUGACAGGUCCUCCCGCAAUGCAUGUCAGCACUGCCGUUACCUGCGCUGCCUCUCCGCCGGCAUGGCGCCCGCCCAUGUCCUGAACGAGAAGCAGCGCGUGGCCAAGCGUCAGCUGGUGGAGGAGAACCGCGAGCGCCGGCGAGGAGACCCCGUGGCCCUCCCCGUGGAAACCCUGGGCCUCCACACGGCUCCGACCUCCGAGGACAAGGCCAUCGUCACCGCCAUCGCCGCCGCCUACCAUGACGUGUUCUCCAAGCCCGCCCCUUGCACGACGACAGUAACGGAGGUGGGCGAGAGCGGGCCGACUGAGGAAGACGGCCAGGCGUGGACCAGGGCCACCCAGAUCUUGGCUCCCUCCAUGGCCAGGGUGGUCGCGUUCGUCAAGAGUAUCCCCGGGUUUUCCACGCUGAGCACCAACGACCAACUUGUUCUUCUGCGUGGCUGUGUCCUUGAGGUCCUCUUCCUGCGUACGGCCCUGAGGUACAACCCGGCCACUAAAGCCCUGCCUCUUCGCAACGGUCGCCAAGUCUGCAGGUCUCAGGUCCAGACAGCCAUGGGCGGGGCACUUUGGGCAUUGGUUCAUCCCAUGUUCGAGCUUGGCGCUUCCGUGGCCCGCCUGCACCUGUCCAGCACCGAAGCGGCACUCCUGACGGCGCUGGUGGCACUGCAGACGGACCGCCCCGGGCUAACGGACAUGGAGAGUGUGGAGGCUGUACAGGACUCUCUUCUGGUGGCCUGCAAGCGAUACGUGGCAACUGCAUGCCCUGAUCAGCCAAUUAGAUGGGCCAAACUGGUGAUGAAAGUCACCCACAUCCGGAGCAUAGCAUCCGAACACGCCGACACCAUUUUAUCAGGCCAUUCGCUUCCUAAUGUCUCGAAGCUUCUUAUCCAUCUCUUCCAAGACACUUGCUGACCUCGCUCGACCGUCUUCUUCAUUAUUUUGUGUUUUAGGGUAAAUAUUUUACUGACAAUGUAUCGUCUCCAUUGUGAUUUUUAGUGUAUUAUAAAUGAUUGGUAUUCUGAGUUUACGAGAGAUUUUUUUUUUUAAGUUCACGCUACAAGAUCUAUUUUUGUGCGUUUUCUUCGGAGCGUACAAAAGGGGUAACUGUAUUAAAUUCUCCCAUAGAAUAUCUUGUUCAUUGCAGCGAGCUGAGACGAAAUCGUAUCCUGGUUUUAACAUUGGUGAUUUCAUGGCAAUAAUUUUGAAAUAUUUCGCCAAACUCAUAGGGUCUAUGAAAGUUAUCAGAAUCUUGGUUAGUAUAGUACAUUAUACUAUUACAUUAAUUCAAGAUUAUUCCGGUGAGAGGGUUUGGCUAGCGAAUAGAAACAUGGCUACGAGCAUAGGGCUUACAGCCUGAAGAAAACUGGGUUAUUUAAUUUAUCAUUAGUAUAUAACUUUAAUGUUUAAGUUUUAUAUGUACAUGAGAAUAAACUAUCUUAAGUUA